GGUGCAGCUGGUAAAGUGGGUUCUGUACAACAACAUGGGGAUCUGGCUUCCAAACUCGCUCCUAAUCACUGCAGUCAACAUGAGUCGAAGACCAAGCAGUAGAUAUUCAGAGAUGCCAAUGCGUGUGACUGAUGGCAGAAUGAGUUUGGUCAAUGCAACACCACAAAGCAAAGACAAUGUCUUUGGCAAACUAAACAUACCAAAACCUCAAUCUAGCACAUCAGAGAGAAGGACCAGUUUUUUUGGAAAAGGUGCUGGUGCUGGUGGUCAGAGAAACAGUAUGUUUGGGUCUUAUGGAGGCCCAGAGAAGAUGAAGGAUCCUCGACCUCUUCAUGAUAAAACAUUUGUUCAGCAGUGUAUCAAGCAGCUUUGUGAGUUUCUUGGAGAUCAUGGAUUCCCUGGUUCCAUUACUGUUAAAUCCCUCCAGUCACCUUCCACUAAAGAGUUCCUGAAGAUUUUUGAGUUCAUCUAUAGUUUGUUGGACCCUACCUUUCAGAUGCCAACUGCUAAAGUUGAAGAGGAAAUCCCUAGGAUGUUAAAAGAUUUAGGGUACCCAUUUCCAUUAUCAAAAAGCUCCAUGUACUCCAUAGGGGCUCCACAUACAUGGCCUCAGGCUCUGGGAGCACUUAUUUGGCUUAUUGACACAGUUAGGAUUUUGAAUAGUAUGAGAGGUCAGGAUCUGCUGUUCGGGGAUUUUUCUGAGGACUUCUCUGAGCUAGAGGACGGCGUGGAAUACAAUAAGCUCUUCAUGGACUAUUGUUCUAAAACCUACAACAAGUUCAUGCAGGGAGCAGACACCUUUGAGGGUGAAGAUACUGAGUACCUCGGCCAUCUAAAGAGGCUGUAUAAUGUUGAUGAGGCUGUACUGGAGUCUCAGCUGGAAAAACACAGAGUGCUGAUGGCUGAGGUGGAAAGACUAGAGAAAGAGAGCCAUACUGACCGUUUAAUGGGACAAAGAACUGAGAAGCUGAAGUUGCAGACUGACCUGCAGAAGCUGCAGAGCUACCGGACUCACAUGGAGUCUUUUAAAUCCCACUUGGAGAAUAAAGCUACAGGGCUUUCUGAGGAGCUGGAGGCUGCUAACCUGCAACUAGAGAGUCUAAAGCAGGAGCAAAACAGGCUGCAGCACCUUCUGGAGAAUCAGAAGUUUACUCCGGCUGAUAUCGAACGCAUUAACAGAGAGAGGAACGAGCUACAGCAGACUGUGAGCAGCCAGAGUCGCAGUCUAGAAGAGGCCCAGCAACUAGCCUGGAAUGAGGAAAUCACCCUGGUGAAGACUAAGGAAAGGGCUGAGGCAAAGUUGGCAGAGUAUCACAAGCUGGCGCGCAUGCUCAAACUCAUCCCACAGUCUGCAGAGAAUGCGUGUGGCCAUGAUUUUGAGAUCAAAACAGUCAGUGAAUAUGGCCCAACCACUGCCACCCAGAUCAGAACUCAGAUACAGAAUCCACUUAAAAAUAUGCUGCUGGAUGUCGAGGAGGAGUUCAGCAGUCUGACAAAUACAAAACUAAGCUUGGAGGAAACAGUGGAACAGAUAAAGUCCAACAUUUCAGAGAAGUUGAAUGACUUAAAGCAGCUAAAGGAACAGAUUCGCAGGCUGGACCAGCAGCUGGAGCAUGACAUGGAGGAGAUUGCUCAUGAAGAGGAAAAGUGGGCAGCUGAUGUGGAUUCUGCUGAAAGCCACAAGAAGCUUCUAGAAAAAAAAGUCAUGGAUGGAUAUGAAGAGGCUGAAGAGCAACUGAAAGCAGCCCAACAACAGUACCACCUUGUUCUUCAGGAAACCAAAGAGGAGAGUCGGAUGGUGGCAAACAAUCUGACACAUGUUUUUACUGCUGCUGUCAACCACUUGGAUAUUGUUGAGAAACACUGUAACAACCAAGUUAAGAAGAUGGACAAGAUGAAUGAAAUUAUCAAUGAAGACCAAGCAGACUUGCUUCAACUAAAGGAAAUGGUUGAAAACUUUGUUGUUAGGGCAAAAAGUCUUUAAGGCCUGAAUGGAAUCCAGUUUGUAAAUAGUUUUGUUUUGUUUUAACUCUGUUGCUGUGUUAAAUAGAAGUGUCUUGUCAAUAUGUAUUUGUACUGAAUUUUCUCCUAAUAUCUGUUGUCUGUUUAAUGCAAUAAAAGUUGUUUUUCAUGUGAA